AUGAGGCCUGGAGAUUCUAGUAACGAGCAGUUAGAUGCUAUGGCCGGUACACCUCCAUUGACUCAGCGUUUUGUGCAUCAUGAUGUAUCACCUUCGUCUACAGCUGCACCUAGUGCUACACCACAUGAUACGAUGUCUGCUCUAGCUCCUGGCCAGAAGGAUAUACUUGGUAGAGUCAUCAUUGAGUCGGAUGGAUCAUCGUUGCAUCCUGCAAAGGAUGCUGCCCCAGCUUUAAAAGAGUGUGUUAGAAGACUCUAUACACAAGCUUAUUAUUCUUGGAGCGAGAUUCCAAACAGUAUACGCCAGGCGAUAUUUAAUAACUUUAAGACUAUGUGUACUUGGGAGUCGAGGUAUAAUUUGGUCAUUGGGACCACAUUUGAGAGGAAGGCAUCCGCCAGACUGUCUAGCUGGCUAAAGAGCGUUCGGGAUAGUGGUGAACGUCCCGGUUGGAUGUUGCCUCGUGUUUUUGAUGAAUUGGGUCAGUAUUGGAACACAGACAAGUUUAAGUCAAUAUCAGAUCAAGCCAAAAUGGCUAGAGGCAGUCUUAAAGGUGGCUCGUUGCACACCGGAGGUGCAAAGACGAUUGGAACAAUUGCACGAGAGAUGGAAAAAGAAUUGGGACGCACUACCAUUGAACCAGAGAUUUUCAAAAAGACUCAUGUCAGGAAGAAAGAAAAUGAGUCGGAUCCGGAUGUGUGGGUGGAGGAAAGGGCCGAACGAACUUUUAAUGACUUUCAUAAGUACGUCGCUGAGAAUCUAGAUAGUUCGGUUCAAUUGACACCUGAACUGUCCACUCAGAUUUGAAAAGAAAAAGUGGUAGGGGGGACACACAAG